GGCUCAAGAAAGCGAAGAUGCGCUUGGUGGGGUAGCUGAGUCAUCGGACUCGGGCGCAGAUGGCAGUAGAGGUCCGGUCACGGGCCCUAUGGCUUGUUGCGCUACUGCUGAUGCAGACAUGCUGCCUGGUCAGCGGGCAGGCCAGGUUUUGCCCGAAUCUUCAGCCAUACGUCCAGUGGCUGGGUCGCUGGAAAGCCGCCUGCCAGCCGCAGAACAACGUCUCCUGGUUCGCCAGCUGCAGCUGGAUCACCUGCGAAUGUCUCUGGGAGGCCCUGGCGGCGCCAGUGGCGCAGGAUGAACUGGCCCCCUGCUUUCAGGAGGCCCUGGUCCAGAGCCUUCUGGAGCAAGACGUGAAGUGGUUUGUCACUUCGCUCCUACGUACCUGCAGGCCUCACACAGACGAGCUCUCAAAGCCCUGUGGAAAGUGUGACAAGUACCGGGAGUUCAACGACUGCGAUGGCGCUAGCAGCCCUUUCCCAUGACAACUGACAGCGGGUCCCUUGCAAGACCGGCCUAGGCCGUUGUCUUCAAGGACCUGUUUGCGCAGACCAAAUUCAGGGAACCCCUUCUGUGCAAAGCUCGACCCGUUUGCGUCCGAUUAACUGCAAGGCUUCAACCAACCUUCCUGGAUGUCUGAGACACCCUCUGGUACGGGCUGCUGAACGUGCCGGUCUCACCCAGCUGCAUGCCUGGCCCCGUG